GAUAUCACGCAGGCGGGGCGGAGAAGAAGACAGAUGCGGCUAACUGUUUGUUUUGAUUGCGUGAUGCAUCAGCUGCGGGUCACGGCAGCCUCACCGUGGAAAUAUUUCUGUAUGUCUUCAUUUUUAGGAGCUGCGGCGGUGAACCGGGGACAGUUCAGACUGACGUCGUUUUAAUCGACUGCCUGGAGCGGCUGCUUCCAUGUUAGCUAACCCCGGAGGCUCCGUGUGAGGCUUUAGCCCGAGACCGGGGAAGCAGGGACUUCAUCCGCCUCACGAGAGCAGGUGCUGGGUCAGGGCGCUCCGACCCGGCCGGCGCUCCUCCGAGUCGACUCCUGGUUUAGCAGAGGGGUGGGGGCGGGGAGGAGAACACCCGGGCUCAGGAUGCCUCUGUUCUUCAAGAAGAGGAAGCCCAGCGAGGACUGCCAGAAGAGGCUGGAGUAUCAGCUGUGCCGGUCUAAGGAAGCUGGUGCUGAUGACAUCCUGGACAUCUCAGCCUGUGGGCUCCUGGAGGUCCCCUCGAGUGCCUUUUCCAUCAGCAAGGUGCUCCAGAAGAAGGUUCUCAUCCUACACAACAACGAGCUGAGGCACCUGACGCCCAAAGGGAUCGACAUCGGCACCCUCGCCACAUUAAAGGUUUUGGACCUGCAUGAGAACAAGCUCGUCUCUCUGCCGGAGGACAUCGGGAAGCUGACGACCCUGCAGAUCCUGAAUGUGGAGAAAAACCGCUUGAGGGCCCUGCCAGAGUCCAUCGGGAACCUGCGCCUCCUGCAGACUCUUAAUUUGAAAGGAAACUGCCUCACCGAGCUGCCGUCCUCGGCGGGUUCCCUGAGCAGCCUGCGGACGCUCGACGUGAGCGACAACAACAUCACGAAGCUUCCCAAAGAGCUGGCCUACAUCCGCACCUUAGAGAGCUUUACCCUUGAUGCUGCCAUGAUGUCAUACCCACCUUCGUCUGUGUGCACAGAGGGGACGGAGAGCAUCCAACGGUUCCUGUGCUCAGAGCUGGGAGAGGAGUACUGCCCACCCUCUCAGUACCUCCUGCCGGUGCUGGAGAGCGACGGCAGCAAACAGAGCUCUGACUGCCUGGACGGGCUGGAUGAGGCCUGGCAGAACAAAUUUAGUGACUACGAGAAGAGAAAGGAGCAGAAGCAGCAGGAGAAGUUGGCCUUCGAGAAGCACCUCGAGGAGAAGCAGAAGGAGCAUGCCCAGCUUCUAAUAAUGAAGAACUCCAACAAGGAGAACAUCCUCAACUCAGUCCGACAGGAGCAGGAGCGAGUGGAGCAGGGCGUCAGCAAGCAGCAGAGGGCUCAGGAGGCCGAGAGGCAGCUGGUGCUGGAGAAAGUCCGAGAAGCUGAAAACAACAUCAGCAGCCGCAUCAGUAACCUGCUGAUGGACGACAGCAGGCAGAAAAAGAGCGCCGAGUUUCUCCAAGCCAUGGAGGAGGAUCGGAUCCGUAUGGAGCAUCUGACUGCCAUCACACAGGAAGAGGCCAGCUCCCUGAGAAAGAAGGAGGUGGCAGCGGCCAUGCAGAAGAUGCUGUCAGACAGCUGCGCCAUGAGCCUCCUCCAAGAAGCCAGUGACUACCGCAGACAGAGCCUGGUCACUGAGGCCUGCAGGAGUUUGGAGAAUUUAGACAGGAAGUUUGACAAGAUGCUGUCCCUCCAAGUUCUAGACAAGUCCAAAGCCAUCGCCCAGAUCUUACAGGAGGAGGAGAUGCAGAAGGCGGCUUUCCAGGCGCUGCAGCUGCAGAAAGACGCCGUUCACGGCUACAUCCGGAAUCAGAUCCAUCUCAUAGAGGGCGAGUUAAUGCAGCUGACUAAACUGGAGAUUAAAAGGCGCAGCCUGGAUGCAGAGAACCUGCAGGAGGUUCUGGCGGAGCAGCGCACCGCUCUCAGUGACAUGCUGCAGCAGCUGCUGAAGCAGAGAGACCAGAGGGAGCAGGAGCUGCGGCAGGUUCUGGCUCAGCUGGAGCUGAAAUCUGAGUCCAACCAGCAGAACUACUGGAUGAUCCAGUACCAGAGGCUGCUGGAUGCUAAGCCGCUGUCGCUCCGCAUGCAGGAGGCGGGCGUGGAGAAGGAUCUGGUGAACCUGCUGUGCAAACUGUCCGCUCAGCACUACCUGCCCGUCCUGGCUCAUCAUCGAGUGACGGCCGAGGCUCUUCGCCACAUGAGCUCCUCUGACCUCAAGAAGCUGGGCAUCAAUGAAGCAGGAAUCCAGACAGCUCUCCUGAACUGGGCCCGGGAACGCCUGCCUGACGCGGGAGCUUGUAAGGCCGCCCAGCAGGAGGUGGAAGUCGUCCCCUCGGCGCCAUCUCCGUCCUCCCCUCCAUUCUUUCCCAGCACCUCAAACAUCCAGAUGCCCAGCCCGCCCCUCACCCCGGGGACCCCCGUCACCCCCUCAGCACCCACCCCCGUGGAGGGACCGGGGAGCUCUGAGUGUGUGGUCUGCAUGGAGACCGGGUCUCAGGUGAUCUUCCUGCCGUGUGGUCACGUGUGCUGCUGUCAGGUGUGCAGCGACGCCCUGCAGACCUGCCCUCUGUGCCGCGCCAGCAUCUCCCAGCGCAUACGCCUCUACCGCAACUAGACCUGCCGCCGGGCCCCACCCUCACCGACCAUCGCUCUCACCUAUUUAUGCAUGAUGAGCUGCUGCGUCACAUAGAGAAGCUUUUAGCGGGUUUUAAAGCGCAGCUGCUUUUCCUGUAAUAACUGUAUUCUGUGAGGGAGAUCCUCACAUCUCUGUGACGUGUUUCCAGCCGUCUCGGGUGGAUUUUUUAAGUUGUGUAAUUUUAUUUUUGUGAGAUGUGAAGAGCCGAGUGGACGCCGCCGCUCACUGACUGUCCUCUGUCUUCACGGCUGAUGCGUGCCUUUUUCUCUGACUGUUUUUUAUCAUUUCUGAGUGUCGUCAGUAACACGAGCUGAACGUUUAAAUAGCUCAAAUAUGAUCUGCUGAUUCUUAAAGGUUUUUGUUCUCGCUGCUCGUUUCCUGUUGUCGCCCCUCCGUGUGCACCUGUGUGAACACCUGUAGCAUCACUAAUGCUGUUGGACUCUACAAAGUGCUCUUAUUCUCUCAGCAUGUUUCAGGAAAUCUCUUCUUUAAUAACUCCACGUGAGAUUCCACCUCAGUGUAAAUGUGAUCAUAUCAGAUAAAAUAUAUCCAACUCAA